AUGCUGGGUGGUUACGAAUCUUCAGAUGAAGAGAUCAACGCGGCCGAGAAUGCGGCUGACGCAUUUGGGAUCAAGCGCAUAGAAGAGCCGUCGUCCAAGCGCACGCGUGUUGAUGCUGAACAAGUCCCGCAAGCCCAGGCUGCUCCCGAUGUUUUGGCAGAAGACCCCCUAGCACAAACCUCUCUCGUGCUCCGACCAACAGAUGUGCAGAUGAAUGUAAAUGUCCCAUACGAAGAAAUGAUGCGCCCCGUCCAAGGCCCGGAAAACCCAUUCGACAAGCGUAGACUUGCCAACCAAAAUGCACUGGCCGGCCAUGUAGAGGAGGAAAUGAUGACCGAGCACGCGUUCCGACAACAACAUCUGACACACGAAAUUCUCGGAUAUUCAGCCAAUCCUUCGACUGACCCCAAUGCACCUCGCUUUGUGGGAAACAUUGAAGGGGCAGAGAAGAACGGGUUCAAGACCCUCGAUGGGAUAGGCACCACCAAAGCUAGCCGACGAGAAUUGAAGCGUAAACGAGCGGGAAAAGGGGACCUCGACGUUGUCGAUGGUGACGGAGAGUAUAUUGGACCAUGGGCCAAGUGGGAAGGCGAUGACAGGGGCGUUGCUGUUCCCGAUGGCGCCGCUGCUCCAGGCGAAUAUGAUGAAUCGGACGACGAGUACGAAGGCGCCGAGGCAGAGGCUAAAAAAGGCAAGCCCAAGAGGAGUGUGGCCCGCAAACAAGAGACGAGUGUCUUUCAUGGAAAGGAUUUGGUCGAUUACCAGGGAAGAACCUACAUGGAUCCUCCCAUUGCGGAUGCACCACAUAUUUUGGGCGAUGCUGGGUCCCAGGAUUGUUUUGUUCCCAAAGAGUGUAUUCAUACCUGGACGGGACACACUGGCGCCGUGUCGGCCAUUCGACUGUUCCCUCGCACUGGUCACCUGCUACUCAGUGCUAGUAUGGACACCAAAGUCAAGCUUUGGGACGUUUACCAACAAGGCAACUGCCUGCGCACAUUCAUGGGCCACACUAAAGCCGUCAAAGAUGUCACAUUCUCCAAUGACGGUCGCCGCUUCUUGAGCUGUGGGUUUGACAGGGCCAUGAAACUGUGGGAUACCGAAACAGGCCAAUGUAUCAAAGCAUUCUCAAACGGCAAGAUCCCACAUGUCGUGAAAUUCCACCCGGACGAAGAUAAACAACACAUUUUCCUGGCCGGAAUGUCAGACAAAAAGAUUAUCCAAUACGACAUCAACACCGCAGAAAUCAUCCAAGAAUACGACCAGCACUUGGGACCCGUCAACUCGAUUACAUUCGUUGACGAAAACAGGCGGUUCGUCACUACUUCGGACGACAAGACCAUCCGCGCGUGGGACUAUGAUAUUCCGGUUGUCAUCAAGUACAUCGCGGAGCCUCACAUGCAUAGUAUGCCUAGCGUAGCAUUGCAUCCUACUAAAAAAUGGUUCGCGGCUCAAUCCCUCGAUAACCAAAUUCUCGUCUAUUCGACCGAUAACUUUAGACAAAACCGCAAGAAACGAUUCGCAGGACAUACAGUCGCAGGAUACGCCUGCCAAGUCAACUUUUCUCCCGACGGCCGGCUGGUCAGUUCCGGAGACGGACAGGGCAACAUGGUAUUCUGGGACUGGAAGACGGGGAGAAUCAGGAGUCGGAUUAAUAAGGCUCAUGAAAAAGUGGUUAUCGCUCACGAGUGGUUGCCUCAUGAGACUAGCAAGGUUGUGACCGCGAGUUGGGAUGGGUUGAUUAAGCUUUGGGAUUGA